UGUAGACAGUGCACAAUGCUGUAGCCUAUGAGCGACGAGGAGAACACCGGAGAGAACGACCGCAGGACUUUGCGAUCAACUAGGGGCCCGGUAGCCCACGUGUCUUUAGGACCGGAGGGUGAUAGACAUCUGUUCCGCCAGCAGAGGGAGAGACAGCAGGCACAGAGGAGGGCUAGAGCAGCCGAGGCCAGCCGGACUUCAAUUAGCGAGGCCGGUGCUACAGCAGAAAUGGCUACUACAACCAUGUCCACUUCUGCGCAGCAGACUUCCCAAGCCAGUAGUUCAGGUGCCUUCGGGUCAACGGUCGCGCAGACCAUGAGUCAGUCCACUGGCUUAAUGGCAAGCCAGGCAGCGGUGUUGACUCCAGAGGAUGUCGCCAUCCAGCAGGCAGCCCUGCAGGAGGCACAACUACAACGGGCAUUAGGGGAGAUAAAAGCGAAAAAAGAAAAGAUGAUCAGGAGAAGAGCCAGGAUGCAACGAAGAGAGACAGAUAUAGAGGAGUUAGAGACGAUGGACAUGACCAAUAUGGAUGAGGAUGUGAGGGUAGUUAGGAGGGCCCUGCUAGGCGUCAUAGAAAUGCAGGAGCAUCAAACUACCAUCCUCCAUGACAUUCAACAGAGCCUAGCCGUUUUGGCAGGCCGUGCUCAGGCAGCACCAUCACCAGCAGGGCCYGGUGCCUGGCCCGUGCCAUAUCCUCCCUUCUCUGUCCCACCGGUGACUGGGGUAUCCCCAUAUGUAGCCCCGUCAACGGUUGCUAUCGUUUCCCUAGGCAUGCCGCUAUCAGGAGGGAUAACAACAGGGAGUAGUUUACAGGUUCCUGUACAGAUAGUGUUUACUCCAAGUCCGUCACAGGUUGCAGUCACCACGCAGCCUGCUGUCUCGCAGCCAGUGCAGCCUCAAGGCACACAGCCCCAGCAGCUAGCACAACAACCUGUUUCACCGGGUCCACAGCCUGGAAUGAUGCAGGGACCGGGACAGACACAGUGGGUUCCGAAGACGGCCAUCGCCGCUCCCAAACCUUUUACAGGGGACAAGAGAGGCGAGGACCUCGACACAUGGUUGAGGGCAGUGUCGGUCUACGUCAGGUGCAAACUCACCUUGCCGCACAAAGAAGUGUUUGUGGCUGCCUCCUACCUCGAGGGUAGUGCAGCGAGAUGGUUGAGUGGUCUAGUACAACUUCAGGGAUACGGUCAUGACUUCCGCGCUUGGGCGACCUCCCAAAAAUUGGAGGACUUCCUGAAGAUGGUGGAAGAGAGUUGGCAUGAUCCUCAGGAGGCUCAAAGGGCCACUGACGCGAUCCUGACACUGCACACGCGGCAGUUUAAGUCAGUAAGGGAAGCUACCGACACUGUUGAGUGUUUGAUCUGUGUCCCUGGGGUACGCUAUGAUCCUCAGGUCCUGUUGACUUCGUACCUGAGGUGUUUCUCACAGCCUCUCAGGAACCAGUUGGCAAAAGAGGCCAACAUCAAUAUGCACAACUUCCCUUCGUUUAGCAAGGUGGCCCUAGACCUGGAAGCAAAGAUAGGGCAUAGACAGACACCCACUACGGAAGGGAGAAAGAAGACACUGCCUCCCAACUGGAAGGCGAAGGGUCGCUUAAUGUUUGUCGACAAUGAUGGUCCAACCAUCGAGUUGGACGACAACCUCCAGGAGGGAGUAGGUUCACAGGCAAGCAGCAUAGACGCUUCAGAGGGUAGAGUGGUCGCUGCUGUAGCACAAAAAGUGCCGCAACAAGAAGGUGACAGAAAAGAUCCCGCCUACGAUGGGGCAAGUGCUGGGAUCCUCUCAUCCCGUUGGCAGCAACAUAGCCAGUACUUCAGGCAGUGCUCCGGGAAACACGUCGGGCCAGUAGGAAUUGUAGCUUUUCCUGCUAGGGUCGAGGUGGUGGAGACACCCUCACCAUCUCGAGAGAUGGCCCAAGCUACUGACUCCAAUGGCAUCCCGCAAACACAUUCAGACCCAUCGAGCCUCUGUUCGAUGAAUGUGUUCAAGUCCUUGGAGGAGCUAGAGGUGGAGUGGUCUAGAUUAGACCCGCUAGCUUCUUGGACGGCCUUAGUCAAAGCUUCUAAGGGUGAGAUGUUCGUCAGUGAGGUUGCUAUUCGCGGCCGCAAGGCCAAGGCCUAUUAUGACACUUGCUCGACACGGAACUUUAUUAGUCGCAUGUGCGUUGAGAGACUGCGCUUACAGGGGCGAGUGCAGCGCUUGAGUCCACCUGUGGAGUCGACCUGUGCCAACAAACAACGCAUGGUAGUUAACGACUACCUCCAUGAUGUAGAGUGUUGUUUUUCGUAUGCGGGAGGGGACUUGAGACAUCGUGUCUCGUUCCUAGUGAGCGAUGAACUCCCCAUGGACAUGUUGUUAGGUAUGUACUACCUCUCUGUGGCACAGCCCCGGUUUGACUGGGACCGAAAAGUGGUCAAACACACUUUGUCAAGUGGAGGGACCGCCAGAUUACAUAAGUUCAAAGCUAGUAGUCUGAUUGAGUCCUACGGGUGCAUGUGUGCGGCCUCGUGCUACAAUUAUUAUAAGCAAAAUCGGGAGGAGGAUAUGUACUUAGUUUAUGUCUCUGCUGCAGGCGAGCCGGUGAAAAUGUCGCCGGAGAUAGAGGGAGUAGUUGCUAAGUACCCUGAUCUAUUUGAAGAGCCGACAGGGGUUGUUGAGAUGGAGGUCGUCCACGCGAUAGAGAUUAUCCCAGGAUCUAGUAUUCCGAAGGGUAGGAUCUAUCGGAUGUCUCCAGGCGAGCAUGAUGAGCUUCGUCGCCAACUCAAGGAACUCGUAGAGAAGGGUUGGAUCCGGCCGAGUGUCUCUCCUUAUGGGUCUCCUGUUCUAUUCCACGCUAUGAAUCGGAUAUUCCAUGACUACUUAGAUAAGUUUGUCGUCGUGUACCUCGAUGACAUACUUAUUUUUAGUAAGACUGACGAGGAGGACGUUGCACAUUUGGACAAAGACCUCAGUCUCCUGCGUCAGCACAAGUUCAAGAUCAACGGUGAGAAGUGUGAGUUUGGACGCACCCGUAUCUUGUACUUGGGUCAUGAGAUCUCCGYGGAAGGGUUGAAGCCCGAUGACGCAAAGGUGGCCAGCAUUCGUGAUUGGCCACGUCCUCAGUCUGUGACUGAGAUGAGAUCUUUCUUAGGAAUGACAGGCUACUAUAGGACUUUCGUAAAGAACUAUAGCAUAGUGGCCGCUCAUUUGACUGAUCUGACCCGCCUUGACACCCCAUGGGAGUGGACAGAUAAGUGCGAGGCUGCUUUCAGACAUCUGAAGCAUGCAUUGACGCACUAUGAAGUCUUGAAACUUCCUGAUCCUGACAAGUGGUUCAUAGUCACCACGAAUGCCAGCCAAUAUGGCAUUGGCGCCGUGCUCGCGCAGCAGGAGGGGCCAAAGUUGAGGCCAGUAGAGUACAUCUCCAAGAAAAUGUCGUCUCAGAAGUUAGCUAAGUCCACUUAUGAGAAGGAACUCUACGCGGUAUACAAGGCUCUCACCCAUUGGAGACACUAUCUCCUUGGGAGGUUCUUCGUCCUCAGGACUGAUCAUCAUACCCUGAGAUGGAUGAGAACCCAACCGGUACUCUCUGACGCUCUCAAGCAUUGGAUCGAAGUCAUUGAGCAAUAUGACUUUGACCCUAAGUAUCUCAAAGGGGAGUACAACAAGGUUGCUGAUGCCUUGUCGCGCAGACCGGACUUCUCAGGUGCGCUGAUUACUGAGUUCGAUCUGACGGACAAUGUUACUCAGUCUUUGGUGGAAGCCUAUCACGAAGACCAGUUUAUGUCUGAGAUCUUACCCAGACUUGAGGCAAAGGAUAAGAAAACUUCCGCCGAGUUUGAGUUGGUCAAUGGCUUGCUGUUCCUAGAGAAGGCAGGGAAUAAACGCUUGUGUGUUCCAAAUAGCGAGUCUUUGCGUAGUUUGUUUUUAGGCGAGUGUCAUGAUGCCACCGACCAUUUUGGGUAUAAGAAGACCACAGCCAACUUGCUGCAGUGAUUCUGGUGGCCCACGAUGAUGCGAGAUGCACAGCUGUACGUGGAGACUUGUCAAGUUUGUCAACG